CUAGGGUUUCCUUCGCGAAAUAUAUAAGAUGAAAAACAACACCACGAUAGGGUUUUAACAACACACAGCGAGAGAGCGAGAGCGAGAGCGAGUGCGAGUGAGAGAGUGUUGCUGCUGCUUCACCAUCCAUCAACAUGGGGAUUUCUAGGGAUUCCAUGCACAAGAGGCGUGCCACUGGUGGAAAGCAGAAGACCUGGAGGAAGAAGCGAAAGUAUGAGCUUGGUCGCCAGCCAGCUAACACUAAGCUAUCUAGCAACAAGACUGUCAGGAGGAUUCGUGUUAGGGGUGGUAAUGUCAAGUGGAGGGCUCUGAGAUUGGAUACUGGAAACUUCUCAUGGGGAAGCGAGACUGUUACUCGGAAAACCCGUCUUCUAGAUGUGGUUUACAAUGCCUCAAACAAUGAGCUUGUCCGAACUCAGACCCUUGUCAAAGGUGCUAUUGUUCAGGUUGAUGCUGCUCCAUUCAAGCAGUGGUACCUCCAGCACUAUGGUGUUGAAAUUGGCAGGAAAAAGAAAACAGCUGCCAAGAAGGACUCUACUGAGGAAGGUGAGGCUGUUGCAGAAGACACCAAAAAGAGCAACCAUGUGCAGCGAAAGCUGGAGAAUCGCCAGAAAGAUCGUACCCUUGAUUCUCACAUUGAAGAGCAGUUUGGCGGUGGACGAUUGCUGGCCUGCAUAUCUUCUCGACCUGGUCAAUGUGGCAGGGCUGAUGGCUACAUUCUAGAGGGUAAAGAGCUUGAAUUUUACAUGAAGAAACUCCAGAAGAAGAAGGGAAAGGGUGCUGCUUGAUUGUAGUAUUUCCCAAAUUUUUCUUUAUGGUUUUAGUUUUCAUUGGAGGCUAGUACCAUUCAAGGGUAUGUUUUGUGCUUCAGUUGAUAUUUUUGAUCGACAACCUUCAGAUGAUGCCAUAGGACAUCAUUUAGAACUUUUACACCAGUUUUUUGCUAAGGGUCAUCUUGAUUGUUUUUAAAUUAAUGAUUUACAAUUUUAUCCA